GUUCUACGUAUUUCCUAUCAAUAGAUUUCGUGGAAGUGAAAAGUGAAAGUCGCAGUAGGUCUACCUAUUGUCAGCGACAGCCUGAGAAAGUUAUGAUUAACUUUUGUGUACUAAUUUAUAACAUGAAUUGAGAUAGUUUUGAUCAGCAAAAUUUAUGGUAGCAAAGGUAAAGUUAGUAGAUUUCAACACAAAAAGGAUACGUGUCAAUAUACAUUAGGAGUAACAAGUCAAUAAUGGCGGACGGUAAUAGAAAUGAAAACCCGCAAAAGCCUCCAGAUCUGCGACUGUUUCUGAAUGAUAGAAAGCGGCGUCAUCAGGCGAGUGAGAAUAAUGCGGUAAAUGAGAGGAGAGGAUAUGAGAGAAACUCUUCACGUCUAACGCCAGAUAGAGAUCGCAAGCGCUUCAAACUGGACAAAAGUUCUGACAGUGGCGUUACUAAGUUCCACAGAGGCCAACGGAUUGUCGAGCGGAACACCAAUAACGCUGGCACGAUAAUGCACAAGGAUAGAAUGUAUCAAGCUGGUGGAUAUUAUUCUGGUAGAAAACAACGGCGACACUUCAACAUGGAAGUUGACAGAACACGAAAUAUCAGGCAUUCAUCCCCCAGUUCAGCAGCCACUUUUGGGACAACUCAAAGGAGAACCAUCCACGGCAAUGACCCGAAUACAACUGCCAGCUCGGGAAGAAGUGUCAGCUUGUUUUCAUCUAAUCGUCACCCGAGUGCUGACUUCAAUACAAAAAAAGAAAGGGAAGAUUACAGCUUUAAACUACAGGACCAAAGGGGAAUGCCUGAAAUUGACGAGUAUCCAUCUCGCAAACACCAAUGGCCAGACCUUAGAUCCACUAUGCAUGAUGACAGAGCUCAAACAUCCAGGCGUGCACCCCCCAGUUCAACAGCAACUUUGGGGACAGCCCAGAGGGGAAACUUACACAGAAAUGUCCAGAAUGCGACUGCUAGCUCAGAAAUAAGUACUAGCACUUUUCAAUCUAAUAGUCUCUCAUGUGCUGAGUUCAAUCCAAGAAGACAGAGAACAGAUUACAGAUUUCAGCCAUCCAAAAACAGAAUAUCUGAAGUUGAUGAGUAUCCAUCUUGCAGAAACCAAUGGUCUCACUUAUAUACUUCUGUGGAGGCUAGCACAACAAAAGCCUUAAGGCCUGCGUCCUAUUCGACAAAAACUUCAGACAAAAUACAGAGAAAAGAUGGCCACAGGUACAGCUCUCAACUGGGCAAGCGCAAAAUGUGUGAAAUCGAUGAUCGUCCAUCUCUUAGAAACCAACGGUCUUGCCUUCAUACUUCUGAGCAGGAAACCACACUAAAAACCCCAAGGCGUGCAUCACCGUGUUCGACAAAACCUGCAGUGAAAACACCGAGAAAAUAUUCCGACCGCAAUGAUACCCAGAUUGUAAAAUCCGCUACUAAGAAAAGAGAAAGGAAAGAUUGGUGCAAAUCUGACAUGAAAGCGGGAAUAAAGAGGGUUGACCAAAGGGCUAGGAGGUCAUCUUCAUUUUCAUCUUCAAGUAGAAAUGUUUCAAGGGGGAAAACUUCAACUGACGAAGCACUUGGAUAUAAACAGCUGGAAAAUAUAUCACUUUUGGAGCCCGAUAAGGUUGCAUUGGAACUUGGAUUGGCUGAUAAAAGAUUCAUUAAAUUACUGGAAAUGGGGAAUCUGUCAGAUGACAGGCUACGCCUUAUAGUUAAAACUCUUGCCAAUGUUUCAUCAUCUACCUAUGACCACAUCAAAAGGGGGCUACUAAGAAAGGUUUAUAAUACCAACUUCCUUGAAAAUGGAUCAUAUUUGAUCACAUUCAUCAGUGGACUUCGUAUUACUUUCCAGUCUUCCCAGGAUGAAGAUUUCCUCAAACAAUUGACGAAGGUUUUGAGAGAAAUCAUCAUUACUAUCAAUGUCCAAAGCAUCAUGCAGAAACUUCUAACAUUGAUCAAUGCGUUGGAUGCAACAGUUCAGGGCAUUGUGGAGAAAUGCCAAGACCCGAAUGAAAUGGAAGAGCACAGAAACAGCCUCAACCACAUUAUAGAUACUUGCAUAUCCAGAGUUACAAGGAAGGCAAACAAUAUUGAAGAGGGGCCUCCGGAUGUUUUUGCUGAAAUCUCAGUUCUCCCCUCAAAAGAGGACUUAUUGCAAAACGAAACGUUUUUAAGAGUAAAUCGUGAAAAGGGAAGUUAUGAAUCUUUGCACGACUACCUUGACGUACAGUUCCGUCUUAUGCGUGAAGAUUUUGUUCAGCCUCUCAGAGCAUCUCUACAAGAUUGUUUUUCACACAAAAGGGUUGACAACAUUUACAAAAAAAUUCAUAUUCUUCCACACGGUUAUAUAGAUCCAUCACCAUCAGUGGGAGUCGUUUUUCGAGUGCAAUUUGAUACAUCACCUUUGAAACAUGUGAGGUGGAAAUACUCAAAGCGUUUAAGGCCUGGGACACUUGUACUUUUGUUUACAGACGACCUCAAAUAUAUGGUUUAUGGUACAGUCGUAGAUAGAGAUAUCAAAGCACUUCAGAAAGGAAUUGUUGGACUUCAUUUUAUUUCCUCUACUAAAGAUGUUCAUUCACUCAUGAGUGAAGAAUACCAAAUGGUCGAAUCACCUGCAUUCUUUAAAGAAUAUGAACCCAUUUUAGAAUCUUUGCGGAGAUUUAAUAGGAUGGAAAAUCCUGAAAAUUUUCCAUUCAUUAAAUAUCUCGUGUAUGCCGAAACUGCUGUUUCUCCACCAUAUUAUUUAACAGUUCUGAAGAAUGAAAUGUACACACUUGGAUCACCAACAUUCUGUCUGGAGAGUACAGAUGUGGCAUCUUCGUCGAAAUUGAAUUGUCCGACGUCACCAUCAUGCGAUACAACUUCUCCCAUACACAUACCAGAGUUAGAUGAAGAAUAUGCGCUAGAAUCAAAGCAAGUCAAAGGAAGCGAAAUACUGUAUGAUUUCAGUCCUUUGUUACAAAACAAUGCUGAUACAGGCGACCGUUUUAGAGGUGAGAGAAAACUGCCAGCCAAACGAUUGGUGGACAAGAUUGAACGGAUUGCCCCAGUUUUUGACCUAGAUAAGUGGCCCACAGCUCAAGAUCUUGGCUUAGAUGAAAGUCAGCGGAAAGCCAUCCAUUUGGCAUUAACAAAAGAACUUGCCAUAAUACAAGGACCGCCAGGUACAGGGAAAACUCACGUUGGUUACAAACUUGUUCAACUUCUACUGCAGAACGGUGAUAAGCGACACAACAGUACUUCUAACUCUCAGAUUCUUAUCAUUUGCUACACAAACCACGCAUUGGAUCAGUUCUUAGAAGGUAUACUAAGCACAAGUGGAAAACAUAUCAAACGCGCUAGUGAUAUGAUUAGGGUUGGCUCCAGGUCAAAGAGUGAAAUACUCAAAAAGCAUUCACUACGGGAAAUUAAACGAGACAUCCUUUUAAGGGUGAAUUCAGGCCGAAAAGAAAUAAGCCGUUUCAUUUCAAUGGCAAACAGAAAACUUAUUUAUGCCAGAAAACGUUUCAAAGAAGUUCAUAAUCUUUUGGAGACAAUUGAGUCACGUACCUGCAUUUACAGCGAAGAUGUGCUGUUUAGAAAUGGCUGUAUGACAUCCAAUCAAAAAGACACCCUUCAUGCGGGUUACUGUACACCAAACAGACCAAUAAUGUUACAGUGGCUGGAUGUUUUUAAUGUAUCAGGGUCUGUUAAGAAUUCGGUUCGCCAAAUCUCUGUGCAGGAAACUGAGGAAGCUGAGCCUGGAGAAAUAAUAAGUGAUGAUGAAGUGGAUCCCGUUUUGAUGGAAUACAAUGAAGCAUAUGCAGAAGUUUAUGAAGGACCAGCUUGGACAAAAAAGCAAAAAGUACAUGAAGCAUGUUUUUCUAUUAUGAAUGAUUACACCCUUGACACAUGCAAAUUAGAGAUUGACUUAGAAAAUAAUGCACUGAAAGACUUUUGGGAGACGAUUCAUCCGAAAGGCAUUCCACACAUAAUACAGAAGGUUCGCAGGGAACUUCAAGAUGUAGAUAAUGUACUAGAGUCUUCAAAGGUCCAAAAUGUUUGGAGUCUUUCCAUCAGUGACCGGUGGAAACUGUAUCGAGCAUGGGUGACACAUUUCCACCAAAGUGUCCGUAAACAAGUAAUUGAACUACAAAGGGAAUAUGAAGAUGAAUUAGCCUUGCACAAGGAAAUUCAAAGCGAAGAAAAUUUCCAAGUACUCAGGCAUGCAAAAAUAAUUGGUCUUACCACAACUGGAUCAGCGUUAUGUCAAAAAACUUUAGAAAAACUUCAGCCGCAGAUUAUUAUUGUAGAAGAAGCUGCCGAAUGCAUGGAAUCGCAUAUUAUUAGCUCAUUAACAGAAUCGACUCAGCAUCUUAUCCUCAUUGGCGACCAUCAACAGCUCAAGCCCAGGCCAGCGGUUUAUGCUCUGGCAAAGAAGUACAAACUUGAAGUAUCGCUGUUUGAAAGGCUAAUAAACAACAAAUUGCCAUAUGUUUGCCUUCAAGAACAGCAUCGAAUGCGACCAGAAUUUGCCAAAUUGUUGGUGCCAGACUUCUAUGACCGCCUAGAUAACCACGUUUCUGUUCUUAACAUUGAACCCGUCCGCGGAGUCAAACAAAGUUUGUUUUUUGUGACUCAUACACAGGCAGAGAGCAACGAAUUUGAAAAAAGUCCCUCCAACAAACACGAAGCAGACUUCAUUGUUGCCCUCCACAGGUACUUACUUCAACAAGGUUAUGACUCACAAGACAUCACAAUUCUCACUGCCUACUCUGGACAGGCCAACCACCUACGAAAACUUAUGAAGACUAAAGAUGACCCAAACACAACAUCAAAGGCUAAAAUUCCAGAUGGGAACAAUUGUAAUAAAACCCUCGAUAAAGAGAGCCCGAUUUCAGCAAGGAUCACCACAGUUGAUAAUUUUCAAGGGGAGGAAAACAAGAUAAUCUUAUUAUCAUUAGUGAGAAGUAAUGAAGAAGGUAAAAUUGGGUUCAUGGAAACGUCCAACAGAGUUUGUGUAGCACUUUCUAGGGCAAAGGAAGGCUUUUACGCUAUAGGUGACUUUAGCUUGUACAGAAAGAAAAGUGAUUUGUGGAGGAAGUUAACAGACAAAUUGUAUCAGGAGAAAAAUAUGGGCGAUGCCCUCAAUUUGUGUUGUCCGAACCACCCCGAUACAAUUACAAAAGUGCAAUGCAAAGAAGAUUUUAAUAAAGUACCUGAAGGCGGUUGUCGACUCCUGUGCCAAACUCGUUUACGCUGUGGGCAUACAUGUCCAAGAAUGUGCCACUCAGACGAUAUGAAGCAUGAAUACCAGGUUUGUAAUGAGACGUGCAGAAAGAAAAUGUGCAGCCGAGCACAUCGUUGCAAGAAACCCUGUUACAGUCAUAAAAACUGUGGCCCUUGCUCCACAAAAGUAGAAAAGGUUAUGCCUAAAUGUGCUCACAAACAGAUGGUACCUUGUCACAUACCAGAAACACACUUCCCUUGCAAGGAACGUUGCGAAAAGGUGCUGCCAUGUGGCCACAUAUGCCAAAGAAAAUGCGGAGAAGAGUGCACAACACCUAGUAGUUGCAGGAGUUUAGUGAGAGUCACCCUCAAGUGUGGGCAUGAGGUUCAGACCUCUUGUAACAUUGGGAAAAACGCAGCAUGUUCUGUUCCAUGUGAAGCUUCACUUCAGAACUGUGACCACCAAUGUUCUGGGACUUGUGGAGAAUGUAUGCAGGGGCGCCUUCACAAAGCAUGCACUGCACAGUGUGGAAGGAUAUUACUCUGUGGGCAUGAAUGUAACAUGCCGUGUGCAAAGUCCUGCCCACCAUGCUUUAAACGGUGCGAAAUUAGAUGCAUUCACAACAGGUGCACUAGAAAAUGCUCAAAGAUAUGUAGAGAAUGUGCAGAGCCAUGUGGUUGGAGCUGUAAACAUCACAAAUGUAGCAGACUUUGUUUUGAAAUAUGUGACCGUGAACCAUGCAAUGAACCCUGUGAGGAUUCUCUGCCCUGCGGUCACCCAUGUAUGGGACUCUGCGGUGAACAGCACCCAAAGCUAUGUAGAAUCUGUGAUAAACAUAAGGUACAGGACAUUCUGGAAUGGUAUUCCGAUGAGGAAAAUGACAGUGAUGCACGGUUGGUGAUGCUUACAGAUUGUGAGCAUGUAUUUGAAAGAAACUUCCUUGACCGGUGGAUGGCAGUUGAACAGGAAUCAGAUACCCGAUCUAUUCAGCUGAAGGUAUGUCCAAUUUGUAGGAAACCAUUAUAUAGCACACAGCGAUACGGAAAUAUUUUCAAGCAGAAACUUCGGGAUGUGCAAACAGUCCGUGAAAGGAUUCUCAGAGAAACCAGGUCUCCAUUAUUUUUGGAACAAAAACGGAAUCUUAUUGCUCAGUUAGAAGAUAGAAAAAGAAAGGUGUCAUCGGAACUUGGUAUUAGAUUGUUAAACGAAGUCAAAAAAUGCAAAACGAGCUAUAUUCUCAGAAGUUUGCAGGGAAUAUCUUUGUCAUUAAUCAAGAUAGACCAACUAGACCGUCAAUUCUGCCAAAUCAAUGACGAGAUAACACAGUUUGAUUACAAUAUUGAAGACGUCCUAUUUUUAGACGAAAACUUCAUUCCUUCAGUAUCAGAUGUAAGAGAAGACAUUUUGAAGCUAAAGAUGUGGCUUUCAAAGAAACGUACAUUGUCAGAGUAUCAAAGUGACCAACUCGUCAAAGAAGUCCAACGAUUAACGCUAGCGGGCAGUCUGUUUCAGAUAUUAAUAUCAAUAAUCUCCCAGUUCAAGGGCAAUCCUGUCGAGAAUAAGGAAGAAAUGGAUAGGCUCACUGAGCAUGGAAAUGAAGCGAUGGGUGGUUUUAAGCAGAUUAACACGAGGCACCCGCCAACCGAGGAGACAUUGGAAUCAGUCACGCGUUUGAUAUCGUCUCUGAAGCAGUACAGUGGACCCGACACAGAAAGCCUUAAACUGGUAGUCAAAGCAAUGGACUUUGGUCCUCAGAGUCAUUGGUACAAGUGUCCCAAUGGUCACAUCUACUGUGUAACUGAGUGUGGAAUGCCUAUGGAAGAAAGCGUUUGUCCGGAAUGCCAAGAAGUUAUAGGAGGGGAGAACCACAGGCUUCGGUCGGACAACCAGGAAGUAGAUAUAAACGUUCUGAUGGACACCUAACAACAGCCAUAUGACACUUUUUGUGAAGUUCAAUGUGUUACUUCUGGAAAUUGAAUCGGCGUCCGACGUUCGACGAUUACUCACAUAUCCAUUCAGAAGCUAUACUACAAAUAUGGCAGUCGCAUUUGUCUUUUUCUGUGAACUCACUAUAAACGUUCUAAACCCCCUAAAUCCAUUCAUUUUUUGCUAUUUUGUAUAUACACGGUGCCUAUAUCUUACUCACCAUUGUAUAGAUUGUACAUUGUAUAUUUUCAAAGAAAAGACUGGUGUCUAAAAAGCAGGGUAUUUAACUAGCAUACAUACCAGAAAAAUUAUGCGGUGUGAUGAUCAAUUUGAAUACUUGCUUCUAUAGGUGCGGGUGCUUUCAUGCCUGUAUCUGUCUUUCUAUGUUAUGUUACAUAUGUGAUCUUAAUUGCCUAGACAUAUCAUGCGUAUUUUUCAUGUAUUUAUUGUGCCUACCAAUAGGUAGGCCUAUAAGUAAAGAAUUCUGCCUGUGUAUUUAAAAUGUAUUUUAUGUUUUUCAAAAAUGUUUUCAAUGUUUUAAGAGGAUCUUUUGUAUGCUCUUCACAGACCUGUGACACUUGGCAGGACUAUUUAUAUAGAUGGGAGAAUGUAUUUAAUUCUAUUUUAAGCCUUCAUUUUUGUAGACGUGCACUGUAUAUAAACUGUAUAUACACUGUAUAAAAUGUAUUUCAAUUCACCGAAAAAAUUGUCGAAUUCCCAGGAUAAAUGUCAUAGUUGCAGCCAUAGGAAUGAUCAAUUUCACAAAUAUUACUGAAUAAGUCUGCAACGAAAACAAAGAUCCAGUAAAUAUAGUGAAGAUAAGUACUAUUAUUGCAAUCAGAACUAUGAAAAAUGCCGCCGCAACAAACGCAAAUAUGGCGAUAAAUACUGGAAAAGUGAAGGCCACGAGAAACUUUGAAAAUUUUCCAGAAUUUGAUGCCAACCCAAGGACUUGAAGAAAAGGUGCCAUUAGCUUGCUGUGCACUUCUCUGGGGUCUUUCGUUAGUAGUGAUCUGAAAAUAU